UGUUCAAAACUGCGUCAGUGCGCUGAGAGGAGUGGCUCAGAGUUCCGUUAUUUUCGAGAGAUACUGUAUUUCAUCCUCGGAAGAAUUCUGCAGACAUGGCGCUUCUAUCACUCCUGUUUAUGAGCUCCUGUUUCCUGACUUUGUCCGGACUGACGUUUGGUGAUCAAUCGGGGAUACCUGUGAUUGUGAAAGACGGUGAUGAUGCCAUUUUACCCUGUUCCCUCGGCACCAAUGAGAACAUUGAGUUUGUGCAGUUUGAGUGGAAGAAGGAAGGAACUGAAAAGAAGGUGUUUACCUAUGAUACUGGGAUGGUUGAUAGUCCUGCCCUCCCAGGUCGAGUCUCACAUUUUCCAGAUGAUCUGCAGCACGGCAGCGCCUCCAUAAAAAUAAAUAAUGUUCAACUGGAGGACGGAGGAAUCUACACCUGUGACUUUCCAACCAGAGGAAAAACAUUCAGGAUUGAGCUUGUUUUUGGGACGUCUGUGAUUGUGAAAGAAGGUGAUGAUGCCAUUUUACCCUGUUCCCUUGGCACCAAUGAAAACAUCGAGUCAAUGCUGUUUGACUGGAAGAAAGAAGGGACAGACCAUGUGUUUGUGUAUAACCCUCGCAUUAAUCCCCCCUCAAAUCCAGGUGAUAAGUUCAAAGAUCGAGUUUUACAUUUUCCAGGAGAGCUGGAGCAUGGCAAUGCCUCCAUAAAGAUAAUUACAACUCAGCUGGAGGACAACGGAACCUACUCCUGUUUUUUUCCAAAAAGAGAAAAAACAUUCCACGUUGAGCUUACUGUUGAGCCUGUAUUAAAAGACAGAACAGCUGAAAACAUCAAAGAUGCAGUUCCAGAGCCCAUUGUCAAAAUACUCGAUGAUGAAGGAUUGCUGCAGUGUGAAGUCAGAGAUAUUUCUCCUGAGAUCACAGUAGAGUGGUGGGACAAGGAUAACAAAACACUUCCCUCUCAGAUAUCAAAAGAACAAAUAAAAAACCAACCCUACAUCAUUGUCAAAACUACUGUGACCAAGAGUGGCAACUAUAGCUGUGUGGCUACACAGAAGAGACUCAAUCAUCAGAUUUUAACUACGACCUUUGUGCAACUGAAAGAGGAGAGUGACUCUGCACCACAAGGGUUUUCUGUAUGGACUGCCAUACUCAUCGGUGUUCUUGUUGCUAUUUUUGUUGUUGUUGUGAUUCUCUGUGCAGCAUACCGUCGCAGUAAACGUUAACAAAGAAGAGAAAAUGGCUUCUCCCCAGCGACGCAGAUAAAUCUCACCUCUGAACGACCUUAAAAAGUGUGAAUUGGUCAUAUUUCAAACCUGUUUUUGGUUUUUUUGUCUUUGAUUCAGCUGAGAGUUUAAUCACAACAGGACAUGUUGGCUCUUUUUUUGUUGUGCGACUUUUCUCUGGUUUCUAAUGAAAAAACAUUUUGAGUAACUCUGUUCAUCUUGGCUCAGGACGCUCCCUCAGAGAGAGGACAUGUCAAGAGUUUUUCAUCAAAGGUUAAAAUAAUGUAAAUUUUUACUCUCCAACAUCACAGAGUACUUCAGAGUCAAACCUGAACAUCACCCAAACUGUCACAGUCCAACCUUCACUCUCCGUCACGUUCAUGGUUUAAAAUUACACGACUGUUUCUUCUACCUGCAUCUUUCAAACUCCUCACCAAGUUUUAGCUUCACACUGUUCUGUGUUUAUAUUUCAUUAUCAUUAUUCAUCAUUUUCGAGAUGCUGGAGUUUUGUUGUCCUCAUAUAAGGAAAUACUAUAUAUAAUUAAUAACGUGCUUCCAUCUUUUCUAUUUUCACUUUUAAUGUUUUUUUUCCUCCAAAGUUAAAAAGUUUCUGUGUUGUUGAAAAUAAAAUGGAAAAAUUCCCAUUUUAAAAUCACUGUGUAGUGACACUGUAACUGUCCCCAUGUCAAUAAUACAGUGCAUAGUCACGUUUCCAUCAUUUCAACUUUAAUUUGAUCAUUUAUUGAUCAUCUCAGUGUUUCCUCUCCUGCUGCAGUUUCAUGGCUCCUCCUGAAUCCUUUCCCAUUUUCAGUGUUCAGCUUUAUCAAUAAUUCACUAAACAAAGUUUCUCUGAGGUUCAUGUUUUUCAUGAGGACAGUGAUGUUUUGUUUUUGAUCAUAACAGAUUAAAAUAAUUGUAACUCCAAAAAACUGUCCCCUUUGAAGACUUUAUAAUUUAUUAUCUGGAUCAGUAAAAAGAAAAAUAAUGAGACAAGCAAAUUUAAAAAUGGCCCAAAGUAAAACCUUAACUCUAAAUUUAGGACUUAAAGUAUCAAGUUUCUAUUAUGUUUCAUAUUCAGUCGAAAGCUGUCAUGCAAAUGAUGAAGAAACUUUUCAGCUCAUAUUUAACUCAGUUUAGUUAAACAUGUGCACUUAUGUGUUACUGUAAAUUAAUAUUUAGCAGAUAGAAAAAUUAUGAUUUUCAUUUUUAGAAUAUUUUUACUUACGUUAAAACUCUAAUAUCAUAUGUUGUUUUUGGUUCAGUUGAUUUUUUGUUAUUAUAUUUUUGCUGUUAACUGUUGAUGUACUUUUUUAUGCUCAUGUCAUUUGACAGAAAGCUUAAGAGUGCACAAGCCUGAAUAAAAAACUUUUGCGACUGUGUGUGUGUGUGUGUGUGUGUGUGUGUGUGUGUGUGUGUGUGUGUGUGUGUGUGUGUGUGUGUGUGCGUCGCUAAAUGUUAAUAAAGUGAGAAGAUGUUUUACUGUUCUAG